CCAUGGUAUAAAUAAAAUAUUCUUUACUUCAGGCCAACUCUGUAAAGUAAAAAUGUGAUCCUACAGUUGACGUACGCUUUAUUACGCAAGCAAUAGAGGUCAAAUCCUGGUGUCAGUGCAACAGUCAGGUGGUGGCUUUAAGCAAAGCCUUCCUCGUGUGCAGGGAGUACAAAGGAGUUCUUGAUAUUCUCAAAACCGCAAAAACCUCCAUAUCCCUCUCAAGUUUCCUGUUUUUUAACUUCAUGUUCUCAGUGGGGAUGGGGAUUUGUGCCAGAAUCAGAAAAGGUAGAACUAGAAUAACAUUAACCAUACUCACUGAGUUAGAGUCAUGUAUUUUGAUUCUUUAACUCUUGUUAAUGUUAAUUGUAUUUUCUGGUGCUUUAGUCAUGCUCUUAGUUGUUUGCUAAUAUUAAUGGUGUUUUGGAGAACAACUAAUUAACUCUAAAUCAAAUCAUUGGUUUUACUGUGAAAACUCAUCUCUCGAGGUAUUUUGGCUGAUUGUACAAGUAAAUUGUGGUUGAAAACAAAUACCAACCAGCCUGAAACACGCCUAUAAAGACAGGAAAGAGGUCAUGUAAAAUUUAUAGUGUGUUCAAACCAGGAAAGGAAGACCACAUAGACUGUAUAUGGUAUAUACAGUCUAUGGAAGCUCCCUUGUCAGAGUGACACAGUAGGAUGAACCUUCUCUCACAGCGAUGUGAUGUGAGGAUCAGCUGGUGUUCAGAGCUGUUUUUAGCCUCCACUGUCUCAUUUGCCAUGACUGGCACACACUGAGACUUAAAAAUGACCAGCUGGAGACCAGCUACACAGACACGGGGGGCCGCUAGUGCGUCACCGGGUCAAAUACAGCGGUAAAAGGGAGAAACAUAUUCCAGCAGCAGCAGCAGCGCUCUCAUUUCAGUCCAGAUAAAAAAGGUGCUAUAGUUAAUGGAUCACUAGAUAUCCAGCAGUCAGGAUUAAAGAAAUGAUGCUAAUCUGAGAAAAUCUCUCUCCUAUAUAUCCUCAGAUCCUCCUCUGAUGAGAGGAUCAAUGCCGCUGUCAUUAAUUGAGUCUUUCUGUCAUUGAGGGUUUGCCGAACAAUCAGCAGAGUCUCUAGGAUAUAUAACAUACUAUUGUGAUCAGUGAUGCCAAGCCGGAAACCCCUGUCUUCCUUUUUCUUUUUUCAUGCACAGCUGAGCCAAUUACCUGAUGAUCUAGUCAGUGGCAUCCUUAAAUUAGAUAUACUUUAUUUCAACAAAAGCUAGUCCAAAAAUCUCAGUUUAUUACAUUUGUGUUAUUUCACUUCCAAGCCCCCUCCUCCAGAACGUGGUCCUUAUGUUGUGUAAUAUCUCGGAGAGAAACUUUGCUUUCCUUAAAGGUCAAACCAUGACAACAACAAAAACAAAAAACAAAAAAAAAACACAAAAUCAAUGUGAAACUAUAAUAAGUGACUCAUUGCAAUCAAGAGUAAAUAGGUCAGAAAAGGUUUGCAGUCAUUUCUUGAUUAAAAAGUCAAACUACAUAAGAAUUCGUCAUUUUGUUGUCAUUUCUUUGUAACUUUGAAAGUGAUACAUAAAAAAUUUACAUAAAACAUGGGCAUAAAAUAGUGAGUAUGACUGAGAACAAUCAGCAUCUAUCCUAUGUGAUAAGAAGGCUGGAUAGUUUGAUCUACAGUGUUUGUGGGUCUGAGUUUCCAGCACUUUAUGAUUUGUAAUUUGACUUUUUACAAUAGGGAAGGAUCAGUUUUGUCAUUAUCAUUACACCAAGUUAAUUCAGAAAGAAAAGUUUCUAACACACACACACACACACACACACACACACACAGAUACACAUAUACAUACACAUACACAUACAUAUCCUCCUGCCUCUCAUUACCUUGUUGCCAACCUGCAGGGACUAUUCCUGGGAUGGCUCAUAAUAAGGUGGGCUAAUUAGCCUUGGUUCUAAGGGAAUCAAUUUUCCCAUUACUGUUACACAUGCUGGGAUUUAUCUGCAGGUGUGUGUGUGUGUGUGUGUGUGUGUGUGUGCGUGUGUGUGUGUGUGUGUGUGUGUGUGUGUGUGUGUGUGUGUGUGUGUGUAAUGUCAGGGUUGGUCACUGGUAAUUGCUAACAUUUUCAUUUUUUCUUUGAGCUGAGGACAAAGAGAAUAAAUUACUAGUGUACACUUUUAGAUGGCAGCCAUUAAAAGGCCACUUCAGCCAUUUGAUAUUUUAUUCUUUUAAUGUGAUCAAAUUAAAACCUGUUUUAUCAUUCCCCACACAUUUCCUUUUUUUCUGAAAUUAUUCAGCUUACAUACCUUAAAGAAAUCGUUUUCAAGGUUUUAUGACCUAUAAAAAUCAAGAGCUGCUUUGGUGUUAAAGUGGGAAGCAUUCAUGGCGAAAGAGCUCUUCUAGUACAUUGGUAAUUAUAACCUUUCUUCCAAACUUUCUCCUGCAACAACUUGAAAAGUCAUUGUUGGGUCUUUUAUUUCAAGCUGAUCACCAUUUCUAAUAGCUACAGCCACGCAUUCUCAAUAUCUGGCCUUUAUUCCUACCGUGGAAAUGAUAAAACUGAUGACAUGUUUCAUCACCUCUUGCUUUUCUUGGCACCAUGCAAACACCAUCAUGUGUGCAUGAGCAGUAAACUGAUCUCCAAGAAUAGCCCUCUGACAUGUUGAGUCCCCAGGCGUAUCUGAGAAGCGACCAGAAAUAGGCAAAAAUGUGGAGUUUGGCGCUUACAUGUGUGACAAAGCCAGAGGGUGAGAUUUCAUAACCUCAUGGUGCCCCAGACACACUAAGAAGAAAAUAGCAAAGAUAGAUCAAUUUUUAUGAGUGUUUGGAAGAGAAAGCCAUCUUUUCAAAAUGUUCAUAUACUUCGGCUACGAUAUAAUUCCCAUAAAAAAGUCCCAUCAGCUUUGUAUUAAGGUAGAAAAUGAGAAAGGGGACACGCAGGCAGUCAACCUGAGCUACAUUGACAUGUUUCAUCCUCCUCAAUCACCUAACAUAAUCUCCUGGUUGAUGAAGGCUGCAAAAUGUCUGGUCUCUUCUAUGCUUUACCACUGAGAGCAUCAGCCUGCACCAACUGCGUUCCAGCAUCCACCUUCAGGACUGCGCAUGAACCAAGCAAACAAGAGUCUACUGCUAUAAUGCUUUAAGAAUUCAGUUCACAGACCCUCAGAAACAGGCUAAACUGCUAGCACGGCUAAAGGAGCUUUGUAUGGAAAUAGUUGGAUAUCAUGUUCUGAUCAAAUCCUCAAAUUUUGACAUGGUGUGUUUGCACUACUUUUAAUCUUACAGUCUUAUAAAGCUGCCAACUUGCAUGUAGAGCAGGGAUGGGCAAUUUUUUUUUACAUGGGGUUACAUGAGAAACCUGAACUGUGCUGGAGGGCUGAACCAACAAUAACUUACAAUAACAAUAACUACUUGUUAAAAACAAGCCCCAGAAAAGUGCACCCGCGGCUCAUGAGUUUUACAAGCGACUUCAGAGAGAAACAAGCUUAAAGUCUUUUAUAAUAGGCGGACUUGGCAACUCUAUGGCAUCUACGAAUAUUUUGUCAAUGUUUUAACUUGUCUCCGUUCAUGAAUUUAGGUUUAGGAUGUACGCACAUGCGUUCAAACAGAAAUAAAACAACGGCUGGGUUUUCAAAAUAAAAGCAACACACUUUCAUAGCAUGUUGAUGAGAUUGACGGACCUCACGAAGGGUAUAUCCAAGGGGACGUAAAAUGCCCUGGUCUGAUGUAGAGGAUUUGCGAACAUUUUUUAGCCACAAAACAUUUCUUUCUUUACUUUUUUAUUUUUUUUUUUACCCUGACUUAACCUCUUGUAUGUGCUUAGAAAUUAUGGAAAUGGUCAUCUUGCUCUGCUGCCUGCUGUGAUAUGUUAACUCCUCUUAAUUAAGUUCAGUAAACUAUAUGUCAGCCAGAUUCAGCAGUUUCUAAUCUCCCAAAGGCCUAAACUGUGCUGAGGUGUUAUCUCAACUCAUAACACAUGAACAUGUGAAAUCAUUCUAUAUGCAGUGAUGUAGCCACUGAAACAGUAUAUCAACCAUUUGCAGCUCUGACACCUGCAGACAGUCGAUAACCUUGAUUUUCCAGCAUUAUUCACACAAAGACACACAUAUUUCAGCACAUCCCAAAAUACACACAUUCAUCAUUGUGUCGUCAUACACACACGUAUCAUGCUGUCAAAGUCAUGAAGGAGGCAACAUGGUUCAAGUUCUUAAUGAACAUGUUUGUUAUAUUGAUGUAUACAGUUAGCUCAUCCUCAUCUGCAGCAGUCAGACUUCAUAUUUAAAGCUGAAGAAGAGAGAUCUGCAGAGAAACUGAUUUAUUUACACCUUUAUUUUUCAUGUUCGUACAGUAAGAUGUUGAUCUAAAUGAGGAAACUAUAACCUUCUCAUUCUGUCUCCCACUCUUAUCUCUGUCUGGUUUCAUUUGGGUUUUUCUGCUGACAUGAUUCACACUAUCACACAGCACAUGAUGGUCAUAUAUAAACCACUCCAACAUUGAUUCAUUCUGUGGUUGUCUGGCUCCCUGACUUACAUGACGUUGAUUGUUUUAUGUACUAGGCUACUGUCCAGCUGCUCCAAUAUUGUUUUUUUGUUUUUUUUUUACUUUAAAAAGCUAAAAGUAUGACUGUUUUAAUUUGGCGGUCCAUUAUGUUGGGAACCAACAGGUGGAGGGUGGGUGUCAGACAAACUGAUGACAUGCAAACAUACAAGAUUUCUGAUAUUUGGGUAUCAAAGUAAAGCAAGAAGAAAUUUUUAAAUGGGAAAAACAACUUUUUUUACAUAAUGGACAAAAUCAGCAAUGGCUACUUUGUCCACUGGGGGCACCCAAAUCAUCAGGAGCCCAAAAUUUCUUACAGGAGCUUUAAUUGAACUAAUAAUAGACUGGAGUUUGCAGUUUGCCUUGUUCUGUUUUCUAGUUUUUACAAGGGUGUAUGAAUUUCUUACAUGUUGAAUUGAUUUUAAAUGUGAUAAAUUAUCAGUUCGGUGCAAACAUGAGAUAAACUGUUUCCCUUCCCUGUCACUAACUGUGCUCAGUCAUUCUUUCCACUUUGUGUCUUCGUAUGUGGACUUACUCUUGGGGUUUGUUUUGGUGUUGGAUUCCUUUCAGAGUGAGGAGGCUGCAGUCUGGUGCCUGCUUACUUGGUUCUGCUGUUACAGCCUCAAGGACAUCACGUGCAGAGGAGCCUGAAGGGAAGCAAAGUCGUGCAUCACAACAGCGAGUGUCCCAUCUGAGUUGAGUGAAAUGCCUCAUACUUCACUUCAAAUGUUGUUUGUUUCCUAAAUAAUGGGUUAUUGAUUUGUAAAUCUUUAUCAGUGACAGUGUUACUGCAUCUUUGGGCAAAUAUUUGCUUUGAAUCAGCCAGAGAGUGAAGACUUCUAAGUUCCCAUACCUAAGUGCAAACGUUUGUUAGUAUUUUUAUCUAAGAGAGGGAGGGCAUCAUGACAAGCUGAAAUUGUGCGAAUUAUAACAUUGUCUGUCUUCUCUUUGAUUGUUUUGUCAUAAACUUUUAAAACUGCUUGUGGAUGACCUCUCUGACCCCACCCAAGGUCAAAACCUGACACUGUGGGGAUGUUGUAACCUCACACUGGUUACAUUGGUGCCACUUCCUCAUGUUAGUUUGACACCAUGACCUGAUUUUGGCUUCAUGUCAUACGCUGGUGUCAUUGGUGUCAUUUAGUCUUGUUAGGAUGACCUAAAAACCUUAAUGACCUGAGGCUGUUUUGACAACAUAUGCUGACACUGGUUUGAAGUCAAUACCUGAUGUGCCAAUGUCAUAUGCUGAACUUAGUGUAACAUCAUAAUUAAAUGUUUGGUGAGGCAUCAGCUCCGGGGAUGAUGUUAAAACUUACAUUGGUGAGAUGUAAUGAGCUGAUGUUGGUUUUGAAAUUAAAAUCUGACAUUGGUUUGAUGUUAAAAUCCAACAUCAGAACCUGUCAUUGGUUACAUUUAAAACUCCAAACUGGUUUGAGGUCAAAUCUGAUGUAAGGGUGAUUUCAGGACCUCACACUGGGAGAACUUCAUGACCUGACAUCAUUUUUGAUUACCUAAUUAACCCUCUGAUUAGAUGGCCUGACGUAAGGUCCAUGUCAUCAUCUGACAGUAGUUUGGCGUCAUAAUGUGAUGUUUGGUGGACCUUAGAACCUGGUAAUGGGCAAGUGUUAGUAUUAAGCACUUGGAUGAAGUCAUUAGCUGCACCUGCUGCUGUAUUUUUUAAUUAUUUUUUCUGGGAUUUUAGUUUCUUGAUUUGUUUUCUGAGUUCUUUUGUGUUUCAUUUUCCACCUUUUCUUCUUGUGCACAUUUUUGCUUGUAUGUUGAAACGCUUCAUAAACUCAAGUUCUUACAGGCGUUAGGUUCUUACAUUAUUGUUGAUAUUAAUAUUGAUAUUAUUGUCAGAGUUGAAUGUUAAUUUAUUAUGUUUAUUUAUUAUGAUACUUAUGAAGUAGUAUAAGUAGUAUGAUUGUUGUUGUUGUUGUAGUUGAUUUUGGUAGUAUCAUUGUUACUAUUGUCAUUAAAUUAUCAUUUUAUUAUGUUAUGAUGAUGAUGAUGAUGAUGAUGAUGAUUAUUAUUAUUAUUAUUGUUGUUGUUGUUAUCGGUUAUUAUGACUAUUAUUAUUAUUAUUAUUAUUAUUAUUGUUGUUGUUUUUGUUUUUGUUGUUGUUGAUAUCGGUUAUUAUUAUUAUUAUUAUUAUUAUUAUUAUUAUUAUUAUUAUUAUGUUCAGAGCAGGGGCGGAAAUCUCAGACCCUCUUAUUCAGAACUAAUUUGUGUUAAUUCUGGAGUGAUCUUUCUGGUUUAAGCCGAAUAAGCCAAUUCAAUUAAGAGGACUCUAGUAAAGACUAAUAAAGACUUCAGGACAAAUCCAAUUAAUCAAGUGGAUUUGUCCUGGAAAUGAGGAAACUGUCUAUUGGAUGUCCUUUAACAUCGUUUCUUUUACCACUAAGGGGUUUUCUGAUAAAUGUGUAGUAAAUCUGAGUUAGGACGCAGUCGCACAUGUCAUCUACUCCUUCUCCAUCCUCUCUCUCUCUCUCCCUCCCUCGGUCUCUUACAGCUCUCCGCCCCUCGGCGUAUUGGCAGUGGUUGGCGCGCGGCACACGGCGUGGACUUGGAGAUGUCUUGGCAGUAUUACGCACGACGAGACGACUAUUGCGAAAGCCUCCAUUAGAAGAACAGGACACUUAAUCGCCGAACCGGACUGACUCCCAACUUUUGAUUUCGUGAUCACUCCUUUCAGUGCCUCCAGAAAUCAUUUUCCUCUCAUCAUUUUUUUCUGCUCGCAUGUGAAAGUCAGUCUCCCUGACCGCAGCAGCAGCGUUCCUGGGUCUGGAUGACUUUUCCUCCUCGUGUCCUCUAGGCUCGGUGGCUAUAAAGGAACAGAGAGGAUGUAAACAGCGUGGGGAGGGAACAAACUCUACGAAGCAACAGUUUUUUUUUUAUUUGGAGAUCCCAAUAAACGAGAGGAUGAUCCCGCCAGCCAACACGGUACAGGACGAAAGUGGGGGCAAAGAGGACGAACAGGAGCAGAAUGAGACACCAAAAUCCCCGACGGCGAACUCCAGUCAGCAGGAAACCAAGGUAAGACUGUCCUGUAAUGAUUAACUCUUUACUCUCACUUUAAUCUUAACUUGUGGAUCGCACUGUAUAUCAGCCAAACUCCUGUUAAUACAAAAGAGUAAAAAGGGGGAAUGGAAAUGUCAAUAAUUAUCACUCAGCAAGGAUCUGUUCCUCAACACUCAUUGAAAUACUUAAAUUACCUGAAAGUAAUCUGCAUUUUAAACACAUAUAAAACCCCAAUUUGGCAUUUAUAGGUUUUGUUUGGGUUGUAAAAUACCUGUUACACAGAUAUUUGAGAAUACAUUAAGGACACAUAGGACAGAGAACCCCAACCCAACAUGUUUUUAGUGACCUGGAACUCACAUUAGGUGAAACAGAUCACAUUUAUAUACCAUUUCAAUGACAUUUUUAUAUUUCAGCAUGUAUGAAAGCUUCUCUCAGCUCACUCUUGCUUGUCACUAAAUCUUGUGUGACAUUAAGAUCAGACCUGAAAUGCAUUAUUUUGAACUCUGAAUCAGAUACUAUUCCUUAUCCGAGCUCAACUAGUAAGGAUUUGGAGUCUAAAUCAGUGGUUGCUUUUUUAAGCAUUAGUGAAAAGACUAUCUGAUCAGAGCUCUUGUAAAAGCAGCUGCAUGGUAAGUGGAGUAAUAUGGUGUAAGUGAUGUGUUUUAAUAAAGAAGUGGCAUGUGGGUUGUACUUUUUGCUUGUUGCUGCUAUGGGAAAGUAGGUUGUGUGAUAGAGAUCUGCAGCUGCCUCCGGCAUGUUGCCAUCUAUGGGGGCCACAUGUCGCCCAGACUACUACAAUUAGCUGUAAAAUAUUGGACUAGUCAUCAUGGUGGUGACUCGCUGCAGCAGCUCUUCUUUCCUGUCCUCAAAAAACUCCACAGAGCAGAAAAAAGCCACACACUUUUGAACGCCCGUAAUCUUGUUUUUUUUCUGAGUGACACUUUGUGAAGCAUUUAGCAUUUCUACACCUUGUCCUCUGACAGAUGAUCUGCUCUUUUGUAUUGUGUUUUUUUUAAAGAAUCAAGAGUUUGAUCUCUCACUUUGGCACAUUUGGUCACUAGGAGUUUACGGUGACUCCUGGCUGACUCCUCACAUUCACAUACUGUCUGAGCUUCUGCCAAAUGAUCAUUCUCACUUCCAAUGUUGGAUAUUGAACACUUCAAAAAGACAAGUAAAAGUGGUUUCAAAAGUGUUUACCAACUCAAACAUAAAUUACUCAGGAGGCUCAACGAGUUUUCAACAACUAAGUCAAGCUGUCUUUGUGUCUUUAUUCCUUCUUGAAGAAUACUGUGAGGCCUGAACAUCAAAAGCGCAAGGUGAGCCUCCACUUUUGUGCAGACUGUAGCAUAUACACUGCUGAUUUUAGUCCAUCAUAACAUAAAAUCAUACCUGCAUGUAAAGACAAAAGGUUAAGAUUGCAAUUUCAACUGCUUUCAGUGUCAGUCACUUAGUGGAGUUAAUGCAGCAGAAGAAUCGAUUCAUCAUCACUCAUGUUUGCAGAGGGCACGCUUUGGUUACGAGAGUCAGUGGAUGUUUUUACUCAUUAAGAUCUGUUAUGGCUUUUUCAGUUUGUUUUGCAUCACCUUUAUCACCCUUCAUUAACCCUUUCUGCUUUAUGACAGCACAAUGUUCCUUUAGGUUUGGUUUCAUUAAACUCAGCAUGAGCUCCUCAGUGCAUGCACACACUUCCUCAUUCUGAUUCUCAAGGGGGAAUCCCACUUUAUGUAGACUGAUUUCUUUAAAAUGUACAUGAAACUCGCCUAGGAAGUGGAAGGAGUUAUAACAAUUGCGAAUAGUGAAUACAUUUGAUAUGUCAAAUAUACUGAAAAAAAUACGUCCCAUACUGUUAUGGGAAAACCCAAGUGGUUUCAGAGUAAUACUUGAGUGCACUGUGAAGGUUAUGUGUGAAUGUGUGAUCGGCACAGACAUGCUCCAAAUUGAUUGUUCCCAAAGUGACAUGAAGAAUUGAUUUAUCUGCACCACACCACAGCUACAGAGAUAAGCUCCACUCACUUUGCACAGGCAUGUUAGCCAAAAACAUCAACAGCUAACACUGCAUGUACAGCAUAAUACAUUGUGCAUAACAACAAAUCUAACUUUAGAAGAAGAUGAGUAAAGUUGAAGCACUCAGCAGAUUAACAUGAACUCCUCCCACUUUUAUUUUGACUUAGUCAUAGUUGUAAAUCAGUGCUAGGAUGUAUUGGAUCAUUAGGAGUCCCCCCGUUCCCAUCAAUCACUUACAACAUAAUUUAUUUCUUCAAUCAGAAGCCUGCAGCCACACACACAAGCCAGAAAGCAGAGCCAUAAAAUCACAUUAUAGCUGCUCAGAGAGUCUUUAUUGCGUGUUUGAGCUCAGGAUUAAGUGGGUUUCACUGAAGAGGAAAUACACACUGAGAGGUUAAAUGAGGAGUUGUCAGUGUGAAGUGUUAUGAAUAGUGUUACUGUACUAGAUGAGCCUAAUGAGAUUGAUAUGAGCCGCGGCCAGAAACGGCAGCACAGUGUGUGAGAAAUAGUGUUGAUGUGAUACAUUGCCUUUACCAGAAAACCACAUUACCUGCCAGGUAGGGGACCUCGAAGCUUUUCCACUGAGCAGUAAUACUUUAUCCCUGAGCAGUGGUCUUUUCAUCAGCUGUGGGACACUAGGACAUCUGCCUGAAGGUUCAAGGCACUAAAUUUGUCAUUUGUUGAGGUUAUUACAGACAUUGAUUUACUACACAUCAGUUUUUCUCUCUCCUCUGCCACUCUUUGUGUAUUCUCAAAUGAGAUUUCUGUCUUUUUAUCUCCCUCAGUCCAUUCUCUUCAACUAUUUCUCCCUCCUUCCAGCUGCAGAGACUCAAGCGCUCCCUAUCCUUCAAGACCAAGAGCAUCCGCAGCAAGAGCGCAGAUAACUUCUUCCGAACGAGCAACGACAACAAGACAGAGUUGCUGUCAGAUGUGAGCAGCAGCACUGGCCAUCUCUGCAACAUCGGGAUGGCCCCGCCACACACCACUAACCUCCCCAUCCCUCCAGUCCCACCGGCGAUCCCCUCCGCCCCUCCUCCGACAUCACGCUCCCAGAUACGCAACCCAAUGCAGGUUGACUCAGCAGGACACUGCUUCAUGGAGCACAUCUUUAAGAAACCCACGUUCUGUGAUGUCUGCAACCACAUGAUCGUAGGUAUGGUUACUGUCCUCCUUCCUCUCAAAAAGGAAAAAAGUAAAAGGAAACCAUCCUCAUUGAAUUUUCAUUGUUACUCAGUGAAAUUGUGACUGACACUUUUGGUCACUGUGCUUAAUAACACAAUAGUGAUAAACAUGCAAAAAAGAAGCCUGUCCUUAUUUGCAUUCACUGUUGUUGAUAUUUUUUACUGUCUUUAUAAAGUGAUUUUAAACCAUAAAUUCUAUCCGCUGGUAAUAGUGUGGAGUCAGUGAUCGCAGGGUUUAUUUCUGAGACAGAUUACAUAUCGACACCAGCUUUCUUCUUCUUUACCCGGUGAGCAUUUUGACCCAUUAGUGUGCUCAAAGUUUGCCCUGACAAAUUUGCAGUCUGUCUCAGAAAACUACUGAGUAAGUUAGAAAUUGAACAUUUGCAUGAUUUUGGGCAGAGCAUGAUUGUGUGAGCAGUCAGAUGGAUUACUUAUAGUGGCCUCUACUUUGUUUACUACUUACUAAGGAUGGCACAUCUGUCCAGAUCAGGACCACGAUCCAUAUCAUAUCAUAUCAUAUUGUCCUGUAUCACAUGGGAUCAUAUCCCUAGUCUGUCUGUUGUGUCCUUGGGCAAGACACUUAGCCCACCUUGCUCCCAGUGUGUGUCCUCCACUGGUGUAUGAUUGUGAGUGUUGUGUGGUGAUGGUCAGAGAGGCCGUUGGCGCAAACUGGCAGCCACGUUUCCAUCAGUCUGCCCCAGGGCAGCUGUGACUACUAAGGUAGUUUACCACCACCAGGGUGUGACUGUGUGAGCGAAUGAAUGAUGUAUCCAAUGUAAAGUGCUUUGCACCUGAAGCUGUAAACUGAAUAGAUAAUGCCAGGCCAUGUACCUUUUCUUUCACCAGUUGAUCUUUGCUCAUUGGCUCGGCUUUUCCUUUUCAACAGGCAAAUAUUAAAACUUGACCUCUGUUCAACCUUUUUAAUAACAAUGGCCUCCUGUACAGUCUGCCCAACAAGCCCCUGAUAUAGCCCCUGGUGGUAGGUACAAAAUGUUGGAUUCGUGGAACAGAUAUUUUUAAAUAUGUGCCCGUAAAAACACAGAUGUUAUUGUUCUCUGAAGGCUGGUAUCAUCAACAACACUCUUUGUUUCAUUUAAAGACCUCAGUUUUGCUCUGUGUACUCAUAAGUCAUGGAUGAACUUAACAGUGACAGGACAUAUACGCUGUGAACCCACACGACUCGUCACGAUAUGACUAAAGCUCAGUCUCUACACAGUCAACUCUCGACUUUUAAAGACCUUUAAUGUUGACUUUAACCACCGUAGGUCUGAUCAACACAGAACAUCCUGAGCUAGUACUCUUAUAAUGACUAUAUGUCGAAUAAAAAAAAGUCGUUUUGCUCAGCGAUAAACCCACGUAUUAUUUAGUUUUCACUGAACAUGGUGAAGUCGUACAAAGUGACAUAAAUCAAGUCCAAAUUUCAUGGCAUGAACAUGACGGCAUUACAUUAAGACGAAUAUUCAAAUACAGUUGCCUUAAAUGACUCUCAGUUUAUUUAUUCUGGUCUGAUUUGUGAGUCAUGGCCGGCGAGGUCUGUCAAGCGUCCGAAACUUUAAAUGACUCUCUGGUGGUGUGUUGAUGAUGACAGUGUGCUCCUUGGCCAGCCACUGAGAGGUGCUUUGCCCUCUGGUGCACUUCUGAAAAGGAUGCUGCCCUCGUCUUCAUUUGUCCUGCUUUAAUGAGAACAUAGUGUAGUCUGCAGCUGAGAGAAAGUGGAGGACUUUUUUUUCUACUGUGUAAGUGUGCAUGCAAUAAGCUGGGAAUAGGGGAAAUAAGGUGACAGCAACAGCACUCUGAGAUUCACAUUUAGUGAUAUUUAGCAUCAAAAUGCAUUUAUAUCUCAAACAAUAUUUAGUCUUUCUAUUAAUUUAUAUCAUAAUCCUCAGUUAUACAUUGGUUUAAAAACUGUAUAUUGCAACAUGCAGCAAGACACCCACCUUCUCCCCUAAUUAGGAUCCUUUAUAAUACAAGAGGGUCUGAAAAAGAGAUGCGUCAUACAUAAAAGAAAAGCUGAAUUAUUUUAUAGCUCCAUGACUCAUUCAUUAAUGUCACAGAAUGACGGGAGAGAAAACUACAUUGGUAAGCAUUUGACAGAGCAAUAAACAUUUUCCGUGGGCUUUGAUUUGUGUGCUGCAUAUCAGAGCUUGUCCACAGUUUUCAGUAACUAUGAUUUGACAGAAGGAUGGUUAGAAAGAAUCUGAAUACUGUAAAGAUGCAGCAUAACUUGUUUAAAACUUGUUUAUUCCCCUAAUAGCUGAAAAGACAUGAGCCUUUAAAAAGAAAAAGAUUGACAAAUUAGUUUUAGAAUAAACCAUCUAUUUUUAGGUUACUGCCAUGUCUUUAUCCUCUACAUUAACCUCCUCAUUAUGGUCUAAAUGCCUCGCACAGUGUUGAUCUUUUGUCCAAAUAAAGCAAACGUCCUCGCUGUGCGUCUCACAGUGUGAGUUUCACCGGUACAUUAAAAUGUCCUGAUCGAAAACAGGCUGAUGCUGAGAUAUUGAUUGCAAGUUCCUGCACAAAUAGCUCAUUAAAUAAACGUCUACAUGAGUGAAAAGGAGCAUUAUUUGUGGUUGACAGAGGGGGAAAUGUAAUUUAUUGCACAGGCUCUGUAAAAUUAAAUAUUCACCGCUUGUUGGUUGCGAAAGUAUGCAAUAAGUUUCACACAAUGAGCCACCUGGAUUUCAAUUUGUAAAAACAUUUUUUACAGCGUUUGCAUCAUUUUCUCAAGGACGAAGAGGAGUUUUGGAGGGUGAAUGCAGGAACUUAUUUAACUGAACUUGUACUAUCAGACAAACACGUAGCACAGACUGCUCCUCAAAACAACAUUAAGUAACAGUCCAAACAGUUGAAAGUAGUAGUCGUAGAGUAGUGACAAACUAAUGAAAUAACUGUGAUUUACACUGAAAGACGAAGGCGAUACAUCCAUGUGUCUGCUGAGAUCUUAAUAUUUGAAUCCCAACUUCAACUUUUAAGUCAUCCUAAUUCCCGAAUCAAUGAAUGAGACAGGCUGACAUUCAUGAGACUGUAAUCUGAGAGUACAUUAAUUUGCACUAAUCUGUGCUGUUAAUCCAAGAAACGCUCAUUACAGGCUUCGUCAGAGAGAAAUGAAUAUGAGUGUCAGAAGACUGGGGUGCUAAUAGAGGUUUUAUUGCAUCACUGUGUAAUAAUUGUUUACAAGCAGGUGUCAGUCAUAGUUUCUUUCCUUUUGCCAGACAUGAAACAACAGAUCUGCUGCCAUGUUGAUUUCUUACUCAUGAUAUAGAAUUGAAUAGUUGUAAAGGCUGACGGUCAGGGAAAGGGACAUUUUGGAGAUACAGCAAGUUUGUACUAUGAUUAGGGCUGGGCGAUAAAAUGAUAACGAUAUAUAUAUAGAAAGUUAAUUUCCCUAUAUAUCAAUAUAAAACAUGGUCAAUAUGCUUUUUAAUAGUCAGCGUUCCGCCAUGUUUUGGUAGACUAUACAAAUAGCCAAUGAAAAGGGGAGUUUCUCUGGGUCCGCUUCACGCUGAACCAAUCAUGUGCUGAAUUAGAACCAAGUAGCAAACAAAUGCGUCAGCUGCAGCUACACGCAACCAUAGCACUUUAACACAUGAAGCCGACAGCACUGUCAGUGAGCGAAAAAGAAAAUGAGUGCAACCCCCCACAGAUGAUGACAUCGCUGACAACGAUGAUAACCUUUUCCUAUAUCGCCCGGCCCUAACUAUAAUUAAAAAAAAUUAAAACCAGUUGAGCGACAAUUCUGAGGACAGUCACCGUAAACCCCAUAGAGCAGAGGGAAAAGGUGAAAACAAAUGUAUUGAGCAUUUAAUACUCUGUUCCCACAAUUCUACAGAGAAAUUAUUUUAGUGGUACAAAAUAAUCUAAUGGCUGUGAGAGAAACUUAUUAAAUUCUGCAAACAAACCAAAGAAUGAACACCUGUGUCACUGUUUUGGACGAGCUUAAGAAGAAAAGGAGGUGGGGGUUUUCUCAUCAAGAUGAAGGUUAUUUGCACAGGAAAUCAGGAGGCGUUAAGCUAAGAACGAUGGCUUAAUGGAUCAAUGUGCUGCUGUUGUAAGGAGAGUUCAGUGUGAAGGAGAUACUGUAGGGAAGAACAAUGGGAUAUUGUUAGAGAAGGAUAUUGUGGGGAAAAAACAAGACUGAAAAGAAGAAAAUAUGAACAUCUAGCCGGAGCUCUGUCUUUUACUGAACAGAGAAUGGCACAUAGACGCUGUAAAACAAGACGGUGUAGCUGCUAUGACCUUAUCUGUUGUUUUUGAAGAGGAGGGCGGCUCUGGAAGUGACAUGCCCAUCACAGGGAGCCAAGCCUGACCCUGCUGCUCUUGUGUGGUUUUAGAUUUUAGGAGUCUGUGUAUUACUCAGCUUUCCUACUGAUUUAGCUGUGCCAUAUUGUUGAUUUUGUUUCAUCUUGUCUUUAAGGGUAUUUACUUUGGCCGUUUUUUGCCAUUGUGCUUCCAGUGCAGCUGGAGAUGUAGACAAUAAGUCACUGUGGAGCGCAGAAGUGAACCUGAGAUCUGCUACGGCGUCAAGAGUUGUAGCGUCUGUAAAUAGGACAUGCACUUUAACCACUGAGUAAAACAAAUGCUCCAAAACACCCCUAUUGUAAAGACGACUAGUUGCUUGAAAUGAGACCAUAAACUCUUUAGAAAAGUUUUAGCUGAUUCAAAUUAAAUGUAAGAUAACUAUACAACCUGGAGAUCGGUUUCAAAAAGGAUUGGGCACUAAAAGCAGAACAGCAAUUAGAGAGCGAAUGAAAAAGACAGACUCUGCUACGAUCAAGGAGAAACAACAGCGAAGAAAAAAGAAAAACGUACCUCUUUGUAUCAACCUGGUUAAACAUCCUUGUUUUUUUGUACAAGUAAACAAGGUUACAUGCCAUUAUUUCUCCCCUGCUUGGUUACAGAGGCUGACAAGUGGUUAAGUAGAGUCUUUAGAGCCGCUGUAGAAUAUUUAUUUGCUGAAAAACCCAGGGAUGCUCAUUAAACAACAUCGACCUGAUUCAGGGUGACCUAAAAUGUGCUGCAAGAAGUUUGUGUUCAUCUCCUCUGCUUAUAUGCUGAUGUGUUGUUGAUGCUGUUGUUGUUGUUGUUGCGGACUUGAUGAUCUGUGGCUGACUGAUGAGGCCUGGCUCACAUUCCUCUCAGUUUCUGUCUCAGGUUAACUAAGUGUGCCAGUUCUGUGUCAGCGGGGCUCAGCCAAGCAGCACCAGAGCUUUAAACGGGGAAAACAAAUCUAGCUUUUCCAACCAACCGCUACGGAGUUUCAAGUGUCUGUCGCUGCACACAGGCUUGUGUUACAGCACGUGAGGAGCAGACUGAUUUUUUUCCCCCUGCAAACAUACACAGACCUUAUACAAGGAUCAGAUGUCACAUUCACGUUGCCGGGUCACCUCUGCUUGUUGACCCUAUUUUCCCAUUGAACCAGACAUGACACGCCGCAGACAGCACGUCCAUUCACAGGGUGAAAAGCAAAGUGCACAAAUUGUCAACAAACUUCACAAUCUCUCAGUGAUGAAACUUUUUCUCUCACUUGUUCUCGACACCCAUUAAAGAUCGAUUAAUUCUCGGUACGUCUGUUCUUUCACACGCAGAGUGUGGGCCAGAGCGGGGCACGUGCUUAUUGAUUAAUCAAUAAAGAGCCAGAAGUGCACUGCUGCUAGACUACAGCUAAUAAAAGCACUGGGACUGUGCAACACUGUCCUGUCUGUUAAUGAGGAAAGACUGACGGAUGUAACAGAGGCGCUGUCUAAACAGUUACUGUCAUGGAAGUCACUGUCUCAUUAAAUUUAGAUUUUAUAUUGUGUCCUCUAGCCCUUAAAUGCCUGAAACCACAAAUUAUGGCCAGAAAAUUCAAAUUUUCUUGGAUCUGAAAUGUUUAUUUCACUUACUACCGAAAAACCAGAAAAACCAAAACAUCCUUCAAUUUUACAAAUAUAUUUAUUUAUCUUGUUUGAUUCAUUAGAUGUUUUUGGAAACUGAUUUAUUGGACUGUAUUCAGGUGUUUUUUUUAGUAAUUUGUUCAUCAUAUUGAUUUGAUAGAAGUAUCAUAAAAGUAUGUAUCAAAUAUGAUACAAAAGGCAUUAAAGGGCUAGUUGUCUCAAGGUUAUAGGCGUCCAGUUGCAGCUCGCUCUGUGCUUCAUUUCUCAUACGAAGUUUGACAUAACAUAUCAUUGUUUGAAUUCAGGGUAUUUACAGGGGUGUAAAUCUACAUUCACAGUCCUUGUACAAGCUUGUAAAGUGGUGAUAGCAUUUCACCAGGGAGCAACUCAGUCUCAGCUCUCGGGGACAUGUGGAAAGAUAUACGAUUGACAUUUUUAACCCCAGUAUUCAGAUUUUUUUCCUCUGCCCUGAGCAACAAUCUCAUCAGAUGCUUCGGGGUGUGGACAGUAAUAUCGAGAUCGUUUUAAUCUUUUAAAGGGAGGAAACUUUUUGACAGAUAGGUAGAGCCUGAGGUAUUCAGUCAAGGAAACUUCACACCACUGUCUCGAUUAUUCAUCCAUCCUUUAAUCCAUCCCUCUAUCUUUCAUAAAUUCAUCUUUAUAGCUAAUGUGGACCCUGAUUAGUCCAGACCAAGCGGCAACUUCUGGUGUUAAAAAUGAGGAAAAUAGGUUACUGAAGUAUCCGUUGAAGCUGGCGGCAAGGGAAUUCGAUUCUCGCUGUUCACACCUUUGUUACGGUUCUUAUUUUACUUAUUCUAGCAUCCUCCUUUCGCUGUCUCCACCCUGAACAAGACCAUCUUUCUCCAUUUCAGUCCUCAUCCAUUUGAAUUUAUUUGCUGCUCUGCGCACUGAAGGAAAAGUUUGCAAAAGUCUCAUUAAUCUUCAUGUGUUUUGGUAAUCAUGGGACCUGUAAUAAUUAGUGUAGAUGAUCUGCACUCAGGCAUCAGUUUGAAACAGUCAGAAAUGAUGAAGACAGCACAAGCUCAUCUAAAGUCAGUUUGUUGAAAAAUGGUUUUGCAGAAGUGAACAUCAUGUGUCACAUUUGCUUAAUUUUGUCCUUGUUAAAUUGUCCACAUGGUCGCUUCACAGGUUUUUCCCAAUGCAUGCUGGGAAAGCCUCCAGAAGCUCUGGCUAGGAAUAAGUGUGUUAAAACAAUGAAUAAAUAAAUGAGAUGACAUUCUGAUUUUUUUUUCUCUUCAUGAGUAAUCCUCUGUUCACUGCGGAGCACGAUACGAGUCCAUGUCCUGACAUGACAGACCUGAACCACUUGGCUCUUUCUUGUCUGUGUGUAUCAGGUACGACAGCCAAACAUGUGGUAUUUCUGGCGGGAAACACGGCAAAGCAUGGCCUUCGCUGCAAAGCCUGCAAGAUGAGCCUGCACCAUAAAUGUGAGAAUGGAGUGGGACAGCAGCGCUGCAUGGGCAAACUGGUGAGACCCGUCAUGCAGAAUAACACAGACGUGAAAUGGAUGGUACAUUUGUCUCUGUGCCAUCAACAGUGUGGGAAAUUCAUGAAUAUAAUUACUGAUGUCAUUAACAACCAAAACAGUCAGAUCAGGAUUGGCAGGGCGAGCGGUCCCCAGCAGAAUGUGCUUAUUCAGAAAUCACACUUGAUGUGUUAGUGUGCUGGUACAUCUGUGAUCACCAUCCAUCCUCGUCAUCGUUCUCAUCACCGUUAUAUCAUCACUCUGUGUGUCUGUGUGUCUGUGUGUGUGUGUGUGUGUGUGUGUGUGUGUGUGUGUGUGUGUUAUGUAACAGGAGUGUAAAAAAACGUCUCAUCAUCAGCAGAAAGUCUUUAAUCAGGUUCGAUAGAGUCACCCUGAGGCAGCUCCAUACACACCGUGGAAGAUGUGACAUCACUUUAAUGAUGUGGUAUCAGGCCUAAAGUCUGCCUUUGAAAUUUUAGGUCAAGUCUUGUUUCCCUGAGAAAUGUAGACUUAAUUAAUUAUCACAUAUUUGAUUUUUAACUAGUGGCACAGUGGUUAGCACUGUCGCCUCACAACAAGAAGGUCCUGGGUUCGGAGCUGGGUAAGGGCGUUUCUGCGUGGAGUUUGCAUGUUCUCCCUGUGUCUGUGUGGGUUUACUCCCGGUACUCCGGUUUCCUCCCACAUCCCAAAAACAUGCAGAAGUGGGGUUAGGUUAAUUGGCCACUUUCAAAUUGCCCAGAUGUGUGAAUGUGGGUGUGGAUGGUUGUUCAUCUCUAUAUGUCAGCUCUGCGAUGAACUGGCGACCUGUCCAGGGUGUCCCCUGCCUUUGCCCGAAGAUGCUGGGAUAGGCUCCAGCGUGACCCCCAAUGGGUAAAAGGUGUAGAAAAUGAAUGGAUGAUUUUUAACUUGUGUUAAAAUUUUAUCAUAGGAAACUAGAUCAUAAAAGCUACAAUAUCAUAAACAAUUGCAAGGGACAUUUAUCAUUCUUAGUGAUUAUGAUUAUUUUAUUAUUUAUAAUAAUAAUAAUAGUAAAAUAAUAUUAAUAAUAAUAAUUAGACCCAAUACACCAGCAUUGUGUCCUGUUUGUUGCUAUUUACCCUGUUUCCAUUUGGUCAAGAGAAGCAAUCAAUAUUUUUGAAUAUGGAUAAACUUUGAUUAAACUUGAUAUAGUUGAGCUUCUGAACCCCUAAAAGUUGAGAAAACUCUUAAACUUUUUUAUUCCCAUCCAAAGUCUCAAUAAAAUAUAUAUUCAACCAAAAAAUUUCUUAAUUUGAAAAAAAAAAAAAGGUAUUUAUAACUGAGGGGAAUCGUUUUCAAUAUUUAAAGCUCCUGUGAGCAACUUUUGGUUUAUGUUUAUUUUGCCGCCCCCUUUUGCCUUGUCCUCCAAAUAUUAAUACAGUGUCUUUUGCAAAAAAAAAAAAAAAGCUUAUUUUGCUUAAAUUUGCUAGUCAAAUGUACUGUAUCAUUCAAUGUUAAUAUUUUAUGUAGUAAUGAUAAAAAACGCUGCUUGGCUGACACCUACCCCAGCAAAAUGGUUUCGGAUAUUAAAACGACGAUUUAGAAAACGUCGUUAUUCUUCCUGAUUGUCUUGUUUGCUUUUGGAUACCAUAAAGAUGCAUCAGUAUGAAUUUCAACCUUUGUGAUAAACAUUAUAAACUUCCUAUAAAGUAAUAAUCUGUUCUUUUGAGUGGAGUUGAAUGAGGUGUCUGUGAACAGUCAGCUGUGCCCCUUUGUUGAGAAAUAAACUUGAGAAAAAAACAGGAAAGUAGGCCACAAACCGCUCCAGAUGGGGUCAGUUUUUGUUUGUCAAACUUACUUCAGAUUAGCCAAAUGAUGCGGUGGAGUGACCCUGUCUACAGCGAAUGAUAGCCAUGCUUCAUGCUAGCUCCAAAUAGAGGCCGCAACAGUGUAAUACCAGAGCAAGUUACUGGUUCACAUUAAAUCUGUCGACAUGACAAAAAUAUGGAGUAAAAAAUCUUCCCUGAGUGGGCGAUAGGUUUGAUCUUCAGUUUUAUUACCAAACAAGUCAAAGCGACUGAUCCUGUGCUGCAAUAAGCCCCGCAAACAUAAGCAGCAUCAUAGAUUUCGAGGUCAUGUUUUGUUAUCAUUACUGGCUAUCACUUCAAAGCCUCAAUCACUAAACAGCGAGCUGAGAUCAGGGACCGCAGAGUGAUUCACAGUCAAAAUCCCCUGUUGUAAUCUGCAGUCCUGCAUUUUGAUAAGACCGCUUAGUUAAGGGGUCCAGGUGUACUGAUGGGUUUUAUCGGGGGAGGAUUCGGUCACUCUAUGCCAGCAAAUGUUCAUCACUUUCAGUCUUAAUACCUGGCAGUGAGGAGCUGAAGCGGGACUCUUUAGUCAUUCACACACAUCCCACACUGAAGCACUGUCAGGUCAUAUUAUGUGUGAUUUUCUACCUUUUCUAGUGUCUUCCUGCACAUCAUUUAACAGAGAAAAAUUGACUUUAAUUAUUUGACUUGGUGGAAAUGAUGGAGAAUAAAUGCAAUAAGAAGUGAUAUGAAAGCAUGGACCCCAUCCUUUCCCCUCUGAGAUGUCUUUUCACUGGAGGCCUGUGGGAUGAGGCCUGCAGAUAUGAUCGCUCUCAGGAGUGGAAAAUGAGGUUGAGAGGUCAGGAUUAAAAAAGGAAGUUUCCCCAGCAGAGUUCAGCUCUAACUUCAACUUGCUCUAAACUUGGCCACUUGUGCAGCCAUGCUUGUUGCUCUUGGCUAGACAUCCUUUUACUAAAGGACUCAAAUUACCUCAUGCUCUCUGUCUUUUUGGGCAAUUAGGCCAGCAAAAAGAAAACUUACUGAAAAAGUUAAGUAAACGAAGGUUGAUCACUGACACGUAACUGUGAAUCUCUUGACCCAACUUUAUGCACAAACUGAGUCUUUACAGCUUCAUUGCACACUUCUAGUUCUUAUCACAUGCACAAACAAAAAGCAAAGCAAACCCACUUUAUUAUACAGAACACUUAAAAUUUAAAGAGCAUGUGUGUCAAAGAGGAGAAAAUGAAACAUCCUUAAUAUAGGAGAACGUUUUAUGUCUCAUGAUGACAAAUGCAGAAGGAGUGGAACUAAAAGCAGCCUGCAAACAGAGCUGGUUCAGUGCAAAUGAUUUAUUAACAAAAAGGGAGAACUAAGACUUGGACCAAAGUAUUGGAAGAAGCCAGGAAACAGUCCAAGGCAGCCAAACAAAUCAGGAAGGACUUUUGAAAGGAGCUGACAACGAGCAAGGUCCAAGAGAACCCUGGUCCAAAACCUCUGGGGAUAAAUGUUUGGAAAUACUGAAUUUCUGGCACUUUGUACAGCACCGGAAAGAUUAAAUUAAUCAGCCACAGGUGUGAACAAUUUGGGUGGGGCAAAUUAUCACACAGAAACACACAAUAAUGAGAAUAAAGAUUUAGAAACAAGAGGAAAGGGUGUGUAAUGAAAAAGAAACCCGGAGACGCUCUAAACGUAAGAGGGAAAAUUCAAGUGCAGCAAAGAGAACAUCAAAUUGUCCUGUAGAGACCCACAAAAGUCGGCUCCUCCGGGUCACCAGGUUCAUGUUCACACAUUCAGAUUUUUCCUCUCAAUCUUUUUGUGUUUUGUUGUUGCCUUGUGAGCACAACAAAGUUUGCAGAAACUUGCAGAAAGCAGCUGCUGAAGUCAGAUUCGACUCCAGGUCCAAUAUUCUGUGCCAGUAUUUAACAGUGUAGGUACAAUGCAAAAUAAAAAAUCUAUAAUACACUAAAUACAAAGUCAAUAAAUGAAUAUUCACUUCUCUGCUAGUUCUGAUUGAAUCAUCAAAAUUAUAGAUCCAGAGGAGGACAGCUGUCUCCUUCAGUUAUUCACCCAUGCACUCUCUGAAACAGCAGAAAAAGAUGACACUCUUCUUAUUUUGGGCCUUACUUUUUAACUCUUGCAGACUUGAUAUGAAAUACUGACAUUUCAGUUUUUCCAGCUAAAUUAAAUGAUGUCCUUUGUAUGUAGCCAAAUAAAGCAGAUGGGCAUUUGAAUCUGGCGUUUCAGGUCUUGUGAUGGGCGUAGGAAGCUUAAGGUUACUUAUUUUGCUCGUCUAAAAAGUGUCAAAUGAAGAACUAAUCAGGACUGAUUAGGGAUGCAGAUUUCACCACCUGUCACUUGAAUAUAAACAGGGUACACAAACAGGGAAAAGGCAAAUCUUGUCUUUGCAGAAAGCAUUAAUCUCAUCAGAAAUACAGUAUUUUAAGAUGCAAUGUGUGAAUUUAUCAAGAACUUCCCACAGAAAUGUCUAAUUUUUAAAUAAAUCAUAAUUCAUUUCUUCAGAUUGAUCCUCUGCAGAUCUUCUUUCUCUUCCUCAAGGACUCAGAGCUGAUAGGAGAGUAUUGAUUGGAUAGGAGGCAGGGAGGUAAUGAAAACAUAAAUGAUAAAUGUUCGAGGGCCUCUUUGAGACAGGAGGAGAACAUGACAGGCGGGUCAAUCAGGACUCGAAGUGCACUUUUCCUCACCAGCGAACAACCUCCAUGGUCAAAGUGUUAUAGCUACACUUGGGAAAUUUUUACAUCAAGUAGUUUUUUUUCUCUAUGAAGGACAAGCGUGACAUGAUAUUUUUCAUCAGAAUAGAAGUGCGCUAAGUGGAACUAAUAUUACACCUCAUUUGUGAGGUUGUGCGGUAUUGAGUGUGAACUGAGUCUUACAUCAUUUUGUAAACAGCGAUAGUCCCUUCAGCAUCUGUGUCCCACUCCACCCACUGUCCCCCUCAGGGUUUCUACAGCUAUUGCGACAGAGUUUCAAAGCAUGGUACAUGACAGGGUUUCUCUACGCUUUACUUUUUUAAAAAUAGUUUUAUUUUAAAUGAAAUGAUCAAAAUUUAUGCUUGAAUUAGUAACUGCAUACCCUACUUUUCAACACAAAAGUCAGACUCCACAGGGUAGUUUGCAGUGUUUUAGCGUCAGGCUCUGAGGAUGAAUAUCUAUUUGCCUCUAAUGUCUUUCAUUUCUCUCUUUCUCUCCUCAGCCAAAAGGCUUUCGGCGGUAUUACAGCUCUCCAUUACUGAUCCAGGAACAGUAUGGCUGCAUCAAAGAAGUCAUGCCCAUUGGUGAGCAGCUUGAAUGUUCAUAAUAACCCCAGUUCUUUGAAGACUAAAAACUCUGCCUCUCACUGCCAGAACCACUUUUCCACAUGGGCUCUUUUACAAGAUUUACCUGCUCGGGUUUAUGCCAUUGUUAAUCAACAUGUGGCUGUUUUCAAAGCUUUACUCUUGUUUUCCAUUAAGUUUGAUUAUGACUUAAUUUGUUUUUCAAGCCUGUGGGAAUAAGGUUGACCCCGUCUAUGAGGCUUUGAGGUUCGGGACAUCACUUGCACAGAAGGCAAAGAGGGCCAGCGGCUCCGAGUCUCCGCACAGAAACUCGGUAAGAAAAGGAAAAUUUAUUGGAUGUGUUUGUUUUUACUCAGCAGGCACAAAUUACCUGUCAACGCCUUAGUCACAAGUCACAUGAGACUUGUGGAUUAGCUCAGUUCAGGUAAUAUAGGCUACUUGUAAUAUUUCAGCCUGCAUACUGUAGCUGAUGAUCUAAAUAGAUACUGCGUCUACAAGGCUGUAAACACUACCAAUAAAGGUAGUCUGGUGCAGGCAGAGAUAGGGGGAGAUGUCUGUAUAAAUGCUCAUGUUUCAGCUCUGGAGAUGGACUUGCUGAUUGUAAACUACACUCUCUGUCCCUCCUUCCCAUGUCUGCGUGUCUUAGCUUAUCAGCUCUAAUGUAAGCUAAACUGUGUGUGCAGACAUGAUAGGAGGACAUCUGAAAGCUCUUGUGUUCUGGUCAUCCUGUCCUGUCCUGUGCAGCUGUUUGUCAGUGUGGGUGUGUGUUUUUUAGAGAGACAAUGUGAUCUCAACGGGGGUUAUGAUAAUAGUUUCCAAAUGUAGACUAAGAAACAGCAUGUUGGCUGUGAAACAGUUUACCCAGUUACUCUGAGGAAGUGAAUGAAUUUGAGUAUCUAUCUAUCUAUCUAUCUAUCUAUCUAUCUAUCUAUCUAUCUAUCUAUCUAUCUAUCUAUCUAUCUAUCUAUCUAUCUAUCUAUCUACACUCUUAAAAACAUUGGGUUUAAAACAACCCAAACAUUUGUAAACAUUUGGCAGUUUUCCUUUAUUACCUCCACCUAGGAGGUUGUGUUUUCGGUAGCGUUGGUUUGUUUGUUGGUUUGUUGGUUUGUUUGUCUGUUACCAGCUUUACGGAGAAAGUAACAGACGGAUUGACCUUGAAAUUUUCACCAGAGGUGCGUCUCAGCCCCAGGACGAUCCCAUUACAUUUUGAUGGUGAUCCGGAUCGCCUUCUGGAUCCAGGAAUUUUUUGAAGGAUUCUUUAUCAUUGUGAGAUAGGGCAAAUUUUGGAAUUUUUGCGUUUAACUCUAUAAAAAUGUCCAGAGUCUUUAGUAAAAAAUUACACAAAAGGAUCUCAAUGAGUUUUAUGAGGUGUCAAAGGUUGAUCCUGAUCCAGACAAAAUUUCUGGAUGCUGUGAUCCAGAACACACAAAAAUAAGGGUGUUGUUGGAAUUUUCAAUGAUGAAAGAUAACCAAUGAAGAUACAAGGAAGUGUACGCUUGCAAAUAUUGCAUAGUAAAUCAGCAUUCUAGUUUAUAUUGUUUAAUUAUCUUUUCAAAAUAAUACAGAACAGAAGGUUGUAUCUUCCAUCUAAUCCACUCAACUCCACGUUACAAAGUCAUCAACAAUCAUCUUGAUUGUUCGUAUCAACCUGACACAUCAAGACAGAGAGUCCAUGAAAGCAGUAGAUCAACAUUUCUGACCACACCACACCGCCAUAAGCUAAUGUGUUAGCUUGCUACGUUUGAAGCGAUGUACUUCAUGCUACUCAAGUUGGCUAACCAUUAGCUUGCUCACCUACCGAUCGAUUCCUGAAGGCAGAAGCACAACAGUGCUUCACAAACUUACAUCUUAACAACAAAAUGAGGGUCUAUACAAUAAUACCAACUCAUCUAUAUGGUAAAGCAAUAUUGGGAAUGUAACAAACCUUGCUUUGUACGUCUUCUCGCUUCAGCAGUUGUGGCAUCAAUCUGGUGAGUGGGUGGUGCUUGGUUUCAAAUACCCAGACAUCUACCCAAUGUGUUGGGUAGUCCACAAUAAACCAACAAAACUGAACAGAAAUUACAACCCAACAGCUAAAAACUCUGUUCCCAACAUAAAUAACCUUGCGAAUUGGGUACUCAGAAUACCCAACUCCAUGAAAAUAACCCAAAUUAAUUGACCAACAGGCUCAACCUAGUGGUUGGGUUGAAAAAACAACCCAGCAUCUUCUUGUGUCUGUCUGUCUGUCUGUCUGUCUAGCUAUGUAGCUAAUCUAUCUUUCUAUGUCCAUCCUAAUCUUAUGUUAUCUCUGCAGACGAGUGACUUGGACAAGGUUCCAGAGGAAGUGGUGGCUCACAGCAGCAGACAGGAGCUGGCGAGAAAACACAGUGAUGAUGGUGAGUGUUUGUUGCUGUACUCUGUGUGCAUCUGGAUUAAAGCCAUGUAGUGACACUGGGAAAACACACACACACACACACACACACACACACACACACACACACACACACACACACACACACACACACACACACACACACACACACACACACACACACACACACACACACACACUUCUAUUAGUUUUCCACAAGAAAGUCUGAGGAUGUUGCAACAUCUAAUUCUCCUCCUGUGAGCCACAUAAAAAGAUCUUGCUCACAACAGCAUCAAAGUAAUGCUACAACUCUCAUAGACUUUUAAUGACUUGAUAUCUUUAACCCUACAAGCUUUCUACCUCAUCCCCUCAUGCCAAAAUGUUAAAAUUUUCUGGAAAGUGUCUGAAAGUAGAAGAUACAAGGAUGUUUUAUCUAUGGGUGCAGCUCAAUGAAUUAGAAUAUCCUGAAAAAAGUUCAUUUUUUGUUCUUAAAUGUUUAACUUUCAUUUCCAAAUAAGAUGCUAAAUUUACUUUAAUCUGAAAUCAGGACUUUGGACCGCUGAGCAACAGUCCGGUUCUUUUUCUUCUUAGGUGAGACACUCACAACGUUGUCUCUCGUUCAGAAGUGUCUUUACAGUAGGAACCUGACACUUGUAGCCCAUUUCCUGGACACGUCUGUGUGUGGUGGCUCUUGAUGCUCUGACUCCAGUCUCAGUCCACUUCUUGUGAAGCUCCCCUCAGUCCAUGAAUCUGCUUUGUUUGACAAUUCUCUCAAGACUGCGGUCAGCCCCACUGCUUGUGCACCUUUUCUCUUCCAGUCAACUUUCCAUGAAUAUGCUUCAAUAAACAGAACUCUGUGAACAGCCAGUCUUUUCAGCAAUGACCCUCUGUGGCUCGCCUUCCUCGUGGAUCUAGAGAAGAAAGGAAUUUAAUAAACUUUGUCAGGACUUGUUUUUGUUUGAGCUGCACCUGUAUGUGACCUAGAGAGAAUUUAAAUAAGGGCAAUAUUAUUCUUAAUAAUGGCAGUGUUUAAUGAUUAUUCUACUUUUCCCAGUUUUCACAGUCAUAGAGAACGGGACAGAGCACUACAACCAGCCAGAGAGAAAGCCUGAUGAUAUGCCGGUAAGACUCUGAUCCAUCUUGUAUUAUUGUAUACCUAAAAGUGACUACUGCGGGUGCACGAGCAUUUGUCACUGCUGUAGAAAAUGGAGGAAACAGAUAUCAAAAACUGAAUGUGCUCCCGCAGAGGGAAGACCAAAACUGUUUUCUCAGAGUUUUGCAAGUCAGCAACUUUUGUCUUCAACUUUUCAGACUGCUUUUUCUCCUCCGUUUUGUUACUCCGCAGCCCAGAUUCUCACAGUGAUUUGUACCACUGGUGUAUUCUGAAAAGUGCACUGACCAGUUCCUGAACUCUUUGUGGUUACUCUGAGAACUGAUACCCAGCUAGUCUGUGCUGCCAUCAUUAAACAUGCCGCACUCGGUUCUUUCCUCCCCCCACCGCCUUCGUCAUUAUAGCUGAAUUUCCCAGGAUACUGAUGGAAAACUUCUACUGCUAUAAAAAAAAAUCCACCCCAGGAUGACACAACCACUAGCUGGUAUGAUUUUUUUGGAUGUGCGGCUCUGUGUGCUGAGCUGCUGUAUUCAUUUACUUUAAACGCUGAUGUUGCAGAAAUUCAUGUAGGUGCUAGAAAAAGGUCAAACCUCCUGCAGAGAAAACAUGAAUAUUUCAUGGCUUGGUUAGUUUUUUUUCUGUCAUUCGAACAUCCACUGUGGGAUUUAUGGGAGCCGCGCCUCUGGUAUCAAAGAUCUUUGUACAUAUUUUCUGUAUGGACAUCAAGUCCUGUUUACUUUUGUAGUUCAGCAUGUUUAUCUCCAUUGUCAACAGUGGAAAAAGACCCCAGUUACUAGUACAAACACACAAAUGAACAAAUAACCUUACAUGGCAAAAAAAAGGACACACACUCACAUGCACAAACACGCCUAACCUCCUCCAAAAUAAAAUCAACCAAUCAGUCAUCCAUUUCAGGGAGGACUCUCAGGCUGCAUUGUGCUGUGUUAUCAGGCUGGAACAAGCACAGCUGGAAGCGGGCCGUUUGUCUGUCUGCAGACAGGUCCAUUAGCUCAGGGUGGUGGACGGACAGAUGGAGGCUCUGCGGGGUAAUGAGCAGAGAAAAAUCUCCAAAAACUGCCACUUUACCAGAACUGGAGCCUCCAAUUUGAGCUGAGAGCGUCUCUCUCUCUCUCACUCACACACAUACGGGAACACAGGCGGUCACACACAGGGUCCCCAUCUGUUCACACUUUUCAGGUUUGGUGUUAAACUACCCGAGAUCAAUUGACGGUAAAAUAGUUUGGCUCUGUCUGAGUUUUUUUGUGUGUGUUGAUGAAGUGUGAUUUUGUUUCUGUAUUCAAUCAACUGCUUUUAUUCUGCUAGUAGAAUAAAAAGCGCCAUUUACAAUAGACAAACAACUGUUACAGAAUGAAAGGCUCUGUAAACUGCCCUUAAAAAUAUUACAUGAGCAAUUAAUCCAACAUUGAUUCAAAACAUAAAAGGCGUUUCUCAUAUUAACAGAUCUAUGUGGAAUCAGUCCUUUAAUGUCGUAGCUAGUUGAUUCAGUUUUAGGACUCACAGAUGCUCUGUUUCACAUGUAUCGUGCUGUAAUUUCUAUCAACGGGAGGCAAAUUCUGAAUGCUAAAUGAUACACACCAGAGAGGACACAUUAAGACAGAUACAAAUGAACAGUGUCAGACAGUUGUGAUGAAAGACUACCUUUUAGAUGACUUUUCUUUUCCAAUAGUAACUCUAUCUAAGAUUUCUAAACACAUAGUAAAUGGCAAUGGAUUCAAAUGCACUGACAAGGUUGGAAAAAUGUGGCCAUACUGUGGUUUUACCUGACAUUUUGAUUUCAUUUUUUAAUGAUGGUGAUUCUAUCAUUGGAUAAGUCUUUAAACUAACAUAUGAAAUCACUUCUCCAGUCCAGCCCCCUUGUCUGAUUUGAUGAAUUUAAACUGACCUUUGAAGGAGAGACCACCCACAUGAUUUUACAGCACUUGCUACCUUGAAAUUACAGUCUUACCAUAAAUAUUAAUUUUUCAGACAGGCGUCAAAAGUAUUUUCAUACAAAACUUCUGACCAGUAGAAAUGGGGUUUUCAUUUCCAUCCUUAUAGCCAACAAGUAGCAAUAAAAAGUCUCACUGUUUUUUUAGUUUGCACAACACGUGGCUUAGCUUGCGCUGGAAUUAACUUUGUAGCAUCACUGAGCAGCUGAGGGAGGAAAGUUUUUGCUAGAUGGCGGCAUUUCGACAAGACAAGACAGAGCAAGAAGCAGACUGAAUAUCGACCCUCGUAUUUCUAACUGACCGGGAACACUAUAAGAUUAUAGAGCUAAAAUGCCUCCGUCUCAAAAUGUAAUCCAGCAACAGCAUGGUUAUAUGUAAAAGUUGUGUUUAUAUAAUGAUUUUAAACCACCUGUACUUCCAUUUUUCCCUCCAAUGAUGCUACCUUGUUUUUCUGAUAAACUACACAACAAAGGAGGUUGUUAUCUUGGCCUGCCCAACCUCCCCGGCUCUCACCGCAUCAAGAGCCUCUCAAGGCCAGUGAGCGGCUCUUAGUUAGCCGUAAUGGAUUGCCGCUGCUUCAUGUUGUUGUUUUCACCCUCAGGCCACACAGGCAGUUCGCCUUGGGGCCGUAGUUAACUCAACUCAUCCAUCAGCCACAUCGCCGGUCCACAUGGGGGGGACGCUCAGGGAGCAACAAAGGAGCAGAAACACUUCUCUUCAGCGACAAAAAGAUGGCUAAAACUCCUGCUAUCUCGCAGAAAACAGCCCCUAGUGUUUUUUAAAAGCAGUUGUUAUAUCUAUCAGCAAAAUUUCCUCCCAUGCCCCAAGAGGAGUUGGGGGGAGGUCAUCAUUUGGAGGGAUUACAGGAACAUAACAGAAAAAGUUGAAGGUGUUGGUGAUAAAAAUAAAAAACAGUUGCCUGAGGAGGUGUAAAAGCAAGCAACAUAACGGCAUUGUACCACCUUGAUAAUUGUGCUCACACUUCUCCAACAACUUCCUCUGCCCACAACCUGCUCAUGGAAACCAUGAUCCUCCUCCUACUCGUGUUAAUGGUGGACCAAAGGGAACAGAUUGUUAAAAUAAAACUUAGGUGGCACCGUAGUGUAUCACUGCACUUUAAACAAGGGUGUCUCCCACCUACAUAAAUGCCAAGAGACUAUUUUAAGAUAGAACUGCAAAACAAAAGCAAACAUGGUGUUGUAUUGUGUUUGUUUUCAUUUGGUGAAACUUCUUGAAAAGCAUGUCUGUGUUUUCUUGUUUUUCCAUGUGGGCUUGUUGUCUAGUUGGAGCAGAGCCAGCUACAGAAAGACAUCCUCAAGCUGAAUACCUGUGUGGCCUUGCACAACUUCACUCCCCAAGACAACCAUGACCUGCAGAUGAGGUUUGUGCACACACACACGUCGUAUAAUAAUACAAUUAUUGAAAUUAUUAAUGUAUUCUUAGGCCAUGUAUUUACUAAAAAGAAUAUGUUUUUAUGCCAUCCACAUGAAACCGCAGAACUACCUCAUUAAAAACGGUGCCUUUGGAAAACUCUGGCCAAAGUGAAGAUUUUGCAAAACUGCGCCCUUGUUUAUGUCAGGUAGUGGACAGCACAGAUAUAUACAGAAUAUGUAUUUUGUGAGGAGCAACUAGAAGGAGUGCUUUGUAGUUGGUUAUUAUACACCAAAUAACCCUUCCUCCACCUUUCUUGUUGACUUUAAACUCUAAAACGAUGCUUAAAAUCAAUCUCACCUCUUUGUUGGUCCAUAUGAACUACAUGCUCUGAUUGGAUAGAAUGGGUUUAGCUUUUUUGCAAAUCCUACCAACUCCAGGUCUGGCAUGCUCAAAACCGUGGUCAAUAGCAAAUUUAUGUGGUUUUGUGUGGGUGGGAUUUUAUUUAAAAAACAACGAUGUGAGUACUUGACUUUUUUUGUUGUUUAUAAAAAUACCUGGUUAUGUGUGUACAAGGUCUCAAUUGUUAGUGAUGAUGAACUGAUUAGCUGUCAAACAUGCCAACGAAGAUUUCUUUCUGGGGCUCAUAAAACUUGAAAUGACUUCAAAACUUUAUUUGAACCUUGAAAGUCAUUCACAAUGAGGUCAAGUUGCACAAUUUCCAAUAAAAAGAAAGACAACACUCCGUGAAAACGACUAUGUUGGAGGGAUUUGGGAUCAUCAUUCGUUCAAGAGAAAUGAGAGCGUCUAUGAUGAGAGUGGGUUAAAAAUAGUAGCACAUAUUUUCCUGCUGGACUCGCAGCCUUGGACAGUUUGCAGAGCUAGUUUGGUGGGGUCCAGUGGUCCGGCUCAGCGUCAGGGUUAUAUAAGAUGGCGAACAUCCAAAAAAGGAUUUAGAGACUGAUAAAAAGAUACAAGUGUUUAUCAUGCCUCUGUGCUAGAGAAAAGCAACAAACUCUGCUGAGGGGAAAAAAAACCAUGAAAGUCGUUGGGAUCUCCAGUUAUGAAUUUAAGGGCGACAGACGGGUGGGAGCGAUCAGACAGAAAAGAGAGAAAAGUGAAAACAAAGUAAACAAAAAGAAGCUCAGACUUUUCCACUUUGCUGUGAAGUUAAUUUAGACCCUCUCAGUAAGACUAACUUGACUUUUUCAUUCUCACAGAGUAACAUUAUCUUUAACUGCCACUAUAAUUUUGAUGAAUUCAUUGGUUACAAGUGCCUGACGUGAAAAGUGACUGAUUUACACCUUUAUUUAUUGACUCCUGUGUGUUAUAAACCAGAGUUAGCAUCCCUGAUGUUACAGCUCCUGACUGAAGGUGCUCUCAUUUGCUCUGUAGGCCAGAUAAAACACUCACUGCUUUCAUAUGAGUACGUUAAAAAUAAAAGAAGUGUAAUUAUAGUGAAUUCAUGCUCAUAUCCAGUCAUAUACCAACUCGAGCUGAGAUUAAAACACAGAGUAUGCAUUCACCCGAAGUGUUUAUAUUACAUUUGAUAGUAAAGCAGUGUGUUUAUGCAGGCUUCUGCGUUUUUGUGCCAAGAGGUUCAGUUUUCCAUUCACAGAUGUUUCUGUUUGUAAUUUUUGAUCUUAUAUAAUCUCUGUAAUCAGUGCACUUAAAAGUCAAAAUAUACAAAAAUAGAUCUAUAAAAGGAAAUAAUCAGGGUCCUCCUUAAAGGUCAAGGUCCUCAGAGAUUUAUUUCUCUUGGGUGGCCUGUGAAGCACCUGCAGUGUGUUUGCUGUUAAGGGUCUAUUAAUAUCACUAAAUCUUUAGUUUCCUUUUAUUUAUCCCGAGAGAAUCCAUCUCAGAAUGAUUAUUUGAGCUCAAACAAGAAAUAUGAUUCAUGCAGCUCUACAUCACGACCUACCUUACUGUUUACCUGUCCUGCUCUUAACCCUCCUCUUGAAUAGAAUUGUUUCUAUUAACUUAAAAAGCUCUCAAAGCUGUCUCUAGAUGGACAAAAUAGUGCCAAACAUCAGAGCAGAGCAGUUAGGGACGAAACAUAUUUAAGCAUUUUAAAGCUCCUGUGAGGAACUUUGAGUCAGUGUUGAUUUUAGCGGCCUCUCUGGACACAUUGGAGAUUCUGUGUUUUCUAACACAAAGCAAAUGUUUUCCCCAGCACAUAUUGGACUUAAAGGUGGGGUAGGCAGGGUCCAAGGAAGUGCCAGUUUUUGGGAGAAAUCUUGAAUGUACCCCUUCCAACCAAUUUUCCCCUCAGCUCCUCCUCUCCCCUCCCUCUCUAUUCCAGCAAGCCCCUCCCAUAAACAGACGCUCCUGCUCGCUUGUAUCAUUUCAAUUGAAUUCAGAUAUAAUGCAGACAGAAAAGCGAUUAGACAGAAAAGGGAGAAAAGUGAAAACAAAGUAAGCAAAAAGCAAAAAGAAGCUCAGACUUCACGCUACAGUUUUAUGUUUUCUAUUCCAGCAAGCCCCGCCCACAAACGGACGCUCCUGUUCACUCUUGUCAAUUAAAUUCAGAUAUAAUGCAGAUAAAUAAUUCAGAUAAUUACAAAUGGGGUCCAGUCCAAGUGAAAGUAAACAGCAUUGGUGAUACUGUAGAUGCCAACAGACUACCAGCAAACACAAAGUUUGCAGGACUUCUACAACGAGGAUAAAGUGACAUAGUCCAGGACCCGAGGUCAACAGUUUAGCAAGAACACUUCUGUUACAGACACUUAGCUUACUUUGUUAAAGUGGUUUACCUGUCCAGCAGAAAGGUUACAGGGUCCGUAAGAUCCCAAAGCGUCUCCCAUGGUUUAUGCUGAUGUUGACUUGGCUUUUUAGCUCUUGUCUACCUCCUUCUUAAGUGCCCGUUAUUUCUCCAGAGUCUCCUGUAUUUACUUUGUUUUCUUGCUUGUGUUGGCAGUCGUGGCCAAAGGAGGAUUGAGACAAUUUCCCGUACUGUAAGGUUGGUUUCUACUGUCCGAUAUUGUUGCACGCUAACUUUGUUUGGGAUCGUGAACGACACGGGGGAACAGCGUCUGCUUCACAACCAAUCAGGUUGGGGGAGGCGGAGAAUGGCUUUGUUUACAGUCAGAAAGAGCGGGCCCUCAAAAAAUUUAAAAUAUUGACUACACGGACAAAACAAAACAGAGCGAUAUCGUUAUAUUACCAAAUGUCUUCAAUAACUAAUAGUUAUUUACUGAUAUUAAAAGCUUUUUUGUAUAUACACCACAAAAAAAGAUGCUUCUUUAAUGGACUCCUGUCUACCCCACCUUCAACAAACAACUAAAGACAAAUAAUCAGUCCUGCUAGUGAUGGUCUCUUUUGCUUUUGUUGGUCGUAAAGAAGCAUAAAAAUUAAUUCUAGUUUGUUUCCUAACUAGCUUCAAACUCCUCAUUAGAGCUUUAAGAGGCAGAUUCUAACAUCACAAGAGACAGGGAAGCAGUAAAACAAAACCUCCACAUGACUCAUAAAGUUGUAGCGUAACUCUUAAUGAGUUUGCUAUCAAGUUCAACGUGAUAACUAAAAUGUUGAUAGUGUGUUCACAACUUGCAAUAUAUAUUAGCUAUUGCAGGUUCAGUGAAUGCAGAUGUAAUGUAGACGCCUCUAUCUUACCUGUCUGAUCACCUUAAUCAAAACAGAAAUUCAGGAUACAGAUAAUUUCCCAUGCCUCAGCCAUGAUUGAUAAGGCGUCAUAAACAAUAUGCUUUGGAGGAGACCCUCAGGAAAGAGAGCAUCCAUCAGCAGCAGUCCUUCAGCCUAAGUACCCAUUUACUCCUGGUUCUCACAGAAAAUUCUCAGAGGAGUUAAGGAUAUGAGAGUGCACUUGUUUCUUUCUUUUCCUGCUCACGCACACACACAUACAUACUCGAGAGUCCUCCUUCUCUCUUUGGUCGGGAAAAGCCUCAAUCCCCAGGCCUGAUUUAAAAUUCAUUGACUUCUCCUCCACGACUCCCUGUCCACUGAUACAGCUCAAAGUUCACCAAGCUUUGUUUCAAAUGUAUUCUCUUAUGAAAGCUUUCAUCAAUGUUUUCCUUUCAAGGGUUGAGCCGCAGACAGAAAUCAAUACAUCAAAUGCUAACACAUGAAGCACAAAUAUGGGGGAAAUUGAAUUUUUAAUCACAAAGUUCAAUUUCCAUUUUCACUCUAAGAGAAAAUCAGAUUUGUGAUUAGUUUGAGCUUCUGCCACAUGCUCUGAUUACAUGAUUACCUUCGAGUACACUGUGAUUGUGAUGAUACCGAGUUCAACCUUUUGAAAAUACAGAGUUAGACGUUGCUGUUUUUUUAAUGAACCACUGUGGAACAACAUGCAUCUGCUCUGUUUUCAUCGCUUUGGAAGGUUUACAACACUUCAUGCUGAGUUUUCCUCACCUACAACAAAGUGUGCUCUCUGAGUCAUGGUGAGUGUCAUCACAAGAAACAUGGACGGUGUUGUCACCGAACCACAAGAGGGAGAAGAAGGAGAUUAUGCAAACCGGGCUUUGGCUCGACAGUGCUGGUCCUUUUGACUUUUAUUGGUCAAAUUUAGCCGUCGGCUUCAAACAGAUGCUAGUGAUUAAAUGAUUCAUGGGUUUCCUGGAUAAAGACAAACGACUUACAGCAAAAACAGGAUCAUAGUGUCCGACCUCGUUUAAAUCAGAGAAAAACCUGCAAACUAGAUCUUUACUGCAUUUUUUAAAAAUCUGAUAGACUUCGAAUAAAGUGUUCAAAGGCUACUCUGUUUAUUCUUCUAUUUGUUAAUGUUGCCAUGAACAGCAUCUACAUCAAGACUCUAUUUCCUGCUAAUGACACCUUUAGCUAUAUUUAGUAAAGUAAGUACGUAAGUAAAGUCUAUUUAUAGAGCGCUUUUCACAGAUAAAAAUCACAAAGCGCUAUACAUAAAAAAAGUGCAAAUAGAUAAACAUAAAACGGUACAAAAAAGAUAAGUUCAUAUACAUUCACAAAUACAAGUACAGAACAGGUGAAUAUGGAAAUAAGUGCAGAUAUAAAAGAAAAGUAACAGAGACAAACCAAAUCCUGUAAAUUAAAAGCUUAUCUAAAUAAAAGAGUCUUAAACUGCUUUGUAAAAGUAUCCACUGAGCCCUGGGGAGUAGGGGCACAACAAAUCAGUGAUAUAUUGGGGGGCCUGACCAUGCAGCACCUGGAAAGUCAGAACUAAAAUUUUAAAAUUAAUACGGAAAAUGACCGGUAGCCGAUGAAGACGCGAUAAGACAGGGAUGAUGUGAGCAGAUUUGGGCAUGUCUGUCAGAAAUCUGGCGGCUGAGUUUUGGACAAACUGGAGCCUCUUUAUCGCCGCCUUAUUAAAACAGAUGAACAGAGAAGUACAGUGAUCAAUACUGGAUGAGAUCAACGCGUGAAUGAUCAAUUCAAGAUCUGGUUUUGACAACAUUCUCCUCACAAAGAACAAUCCAACUGAAUGUUGUCAGCGUAAAAGUGAUAGGACACGUUUUAAAAUUUUAUAUUUGCUGAACUAUAAUAAGAUUUAGAUUACCUUGGCUAGGUUAUGAACCAACCUGGAGACUAAUUACUUCAGGUACUUGUACUUAUAUUGGUUUCAGAAAAAGGUCUAAGAGGGAUCACUGUUAUGCCAUUGUGGCCCUGUGUCAAAACUAUUAAGUACUUGCUCAUCAAUAUUUUGUUCACAACCAUGCCCAUCCAAAAAGGACAGGUGACUGGGCACUGGGUGCUUUUCUCGCUUGCUGGAUUUCAUACUAGAUCUAUCCCCCCAUGCUGUUAGGUGGAUUUAAUUUCAUCUUUGUGUAAUUUCUCCUUUCUUGUGCUUUUUAUUUCAGUGCAGGAGACAGAAUCUUAUUGGUGGACGACUCCAAUGAUGACUGGUGGAAGGUGGGUACAAAAGUUUGCCGCUACACCCAGACCCCCACCAAAUACUGAGUUAGUUGUUUUGGUUUCCUGACGGCAAACAAACUGCCCAUGUAAGACACGAACAGACAAAUACAGAAAUUUAGGCUGUAAAUUACAGCAGCAAGGCUGCAGGCUGCCGGGGGGACACAGAUGCAUGGCUGAUAAAUUAGGUUGACAAAAGGGCCAAAGCGUGACUGUAUGGAGGCAACGAGCUUCCACCAGACCAUGAAGAGACUCAUCAUUUUAGCACUGUUGUAGUUGUUGUUGUUGUUCUCCUAUCCGUGCUCUGCAUAAACAAAGACAUCUGGUCUGUUCGGAAUUUUACACCUGUUGUGAAGUCAGAGUGAGGACACACCUGUUAUAUCUCCCUCACAUCCUGAACGCGAGACAAGUUUCUGAUUUCUAAAACAGAGCUUUAUGUGAGAAUAAUCCAAAACCAAAACCCCCUUUUUUAAAAAGAUUUGUGGCAAUGUAAAAUGUAUUCAGCAGACUUUCCUAAAGUUUUAGUCUUUGAUGUGUUUUCCUUUCAGGGAGUAAUUGAGGACAGGAUUGGUUUCUUCCCAGCGGCCUAUGCUCAUCAGGUGCGGGUCGGGGACCAAGUGUUCAGAUGUAACAGGACAUUUAUCGGGUGUAAGGAACAAGGCCAGAUUACCCUGAAAGAGGGACAGGUAAAGUCAUUUACUCUUUGUUAAUAAUCCCUCUUCUCACUGUGUUGAUCUGUAAAUCACUUUUAAUUCCUAUUUCUAAAAAUCUCUUGUCGCUCACAGCCCAUUUUCAUAUUUUUAGAGGUCUGUUUAGUUCAGAAGGAGCUCUAGGUAGACCUGAAACCCCAACACUAGGCAGUUUAGCUCACUACAAAGCUAGUUCUCCUACUUUAUGAUAAGGUAACAAGGUUGUUUUAGGGUUAAUUACUUUCUUGAAACCCUAAAGACAAAACACAUAAGGGAUGAUUUAGACCGAACAUUAGCAGCGUUAAUCCCAUGAAUAUCGUAGUCAUUACAGGAAGGGGAAGAAAUGACCUCUAUCAGGGAAAUUAAAAUGUCUACAUUACACCUGCGUGUAAUUCAUGAUCACACCCAAACUAUUAGAGCCCAUCAGAUUCACAUUACCCAGCAGCUCUCCAGCCAUUUUAUUGCCCUCCUUUGGCUCCCACCUUGCCUCUUACCUUCUUUCCUCACUCACACUUGUUCACCAAACAACUCAUCUGGGGCCUGCUGACUGAGGGUCCCUCUUAAGAGUUACCAUUAAAUUAGCAUUUUGGUGUAAUGGAUGUACUUGGAUUAGACCCUCUUUUUCCCACAAUGCUUUCCAGGGCAUGUUGGGACUCAGAGGAUACAAGCAAGCAACCCCCAGUGGAGACGAAACCACUGAAAACAAGAGGAGUGCAUGACCUUCUGCUUUUCUUUUCCAGUCACAUCAAAACUCGAGGGAAAAUGAUGCAGAAUGCUCAAAACAAACAUGUAGACACAAAGUUUUCUGGUCUAUUACAAGGGUCAGUAAAUAAAAAAAACAAGGGUUGGAAAAGUUUUCGCUUUUUUUUUUUUUUCUAUAAGAAGUACAUCAUUUUUCCUUGAAUCAUCUCAUAUUUCCACUCAUGGAAGGUGAAUUUGUCCUGAUUUUGUGACGUAAGACUGUCAAAAUAAAUGUAGUUUUUAAUUUACGUCUACUUUUACACAAAAACAACACCUGUAUUUCACAAUUAUGGCAAAUUUAAGAGAGACACCCAUUCAAUGUUGAGGGAAAAUGACAUUAAAGGGAUAUUCCGGUGUAAAAUUAAGUUAGGGUCAAACACACUGUAACACCGAAUUAGACACCCCGUCGAGAGAAGAAUGUUGCAGACCGCUUGUUUCUCUAGUUUAUACCAACUUUAGUAACGACCACAUGAUAGCAAUACACAGUGGUCUCAAUAGCCAUGCGCUCAACCAAAACGCCACUCUAUAGCCACAAAUAAUGCUCAGAACAGCAUCUAACUUCAUCAACAGCACAUAUAGGGUCCCAGCCAUAGUACUAGCCACCAAACAUCUUUUUAACUUUGCCUAAUUUCUUUAGUAAAGAGACUAAACACAACUCACCUACUCUCUUCCAGCAGCCGCUUGUUGGUACAGAGAUCUCAGGUGAGUCCAUUAGCACAGUGGGGUGACGCAGCUCAAGGAAGAACAUUUAUGAUCAUUUCUUCAUGGAAAUGCAAUCAGACUGAAAUGCCAAGGCAAAAGAACUAGCGUGUCUGCAGUGCAAAAUGAUUAUUAUGAUGAUUAUUACUUCAAGGAAAUGAUAAAGAAAUGAUCAUGAAUGUUCUUCCUUGUGCUGCGUUACCCUGCUCCACUCAGUUUGGACUCGCCCGAGGUCGCCGUACAAACAAGCGGCUGCUGGAAGAGAGUAGGUGAGUUGUGUUUAGUCUCUUUGCUAAAGAAUUUAGGCAAAGCUAAAAAGAUGUUUGGUGGCUAGUACUAUGGCUGGGACCCUAUUUGUACUGUUGAUGAAGUUAGGUGCUGUUCUGAGCAUCAUUGGUGGCUAUAGAGUGGCGUUUUGGGUUGAGUGCAUGGCAUGAAUUUUACAUCGGAAUAUCCCUUUAACACACAACCUUUAGAUAUUAAAUGCUGAGAUGCAGUUAGGAAACUUGUCACAGUUAAUACCAUAACUACAAACACUAUGUAAUCAAGAAGUGGCAUGAGAUUGAGCCAGAUGCCACAUACUUUGCUUCAGAAAUACAAUAUUACAACAUUUAAUACUCACACAGAACAUGGGGAAACUCUCAAAUGAGUUUGUUAACCUACAACUAUAUCGUACCCUGCUACAGGCUACUUUAAACACCAUUUUUUUUCCUAUCUUUUAGAUAUUUUGAGAUUAUAAAAUUGCAAACCCCUCUUCAAAGCUGCAUUUGUAGACUUGUAUUGGGGUGAUGUUAUAAUUUGGGUGUUGCACAGCAGCAGUUUACCUGCAGUUUCAACAUACUGUGUGUAAAUACGCACAAAACAAACACAGGAUCUUAGCUAAAACUUGUUGUUUUUACAGCCACACAUGAGUGAGGCUUUUUCCUGAAUGCCACUUCCGUUCUGGCGGCAGCUGUGAUGUACAAUCGUGUGAGUCAUUACAGCGUCUGUGUGUAAAUGACUCGCAGGACUGUUUGAUGUAAGUGGAUGGGCAGAAACGGCUGGGGAUGCAAAUAUGAAAUCCUCUGUAAACCAAACCCUGUCAUAUCAGUGAAACCCUGAGAGGUCUAGCCAGGCUACAAAGUCUGGACCCUUUCCUUGAACUAGGACUUAGCUUUGGUCUAAGCACAGCAGCGCAGGGACAUGCCCACAUUUGCAGCAUAGCAGGGAGCUGGCGAAUCAGAAAAAAAGUGGGCCUGAAUGAGGGCUUAAAGAGAUAGUACCCUGGAAAUGUCUGUGUGUUUUUGUUUUUUCACAUUAGUGAUUUUUCUCUUUUUCCCCUUAGAUCUGUGUGGGCAGCGAGAGUGAACACAACGGCUUCAUUAAAGUGGCAAGUGGAAAAAAGAGGGGCUUUGUGCCCUGUGAUGUUCUGGAAAUCAUCUGAGACAAACACUUGGAUGGAAAGAGAGUCAGAAGAGGGAGGAUCAGCCACCUGAAGGUCAGAUGAGGAUGAAACUGAACCUACAAAAAGGCUACAAGGAAAUAAAGGGAAUCGCCUCAUUGGUGUUUUUGAACCGAACUAUAAUUCUGAUUUUGUCACUGAGGACUCCAUCCUGCUGCAGCUCAGAAACUCUGUACCCUCCUCACUUCACCUAAAAACAGAGAGAGAGAGAGAGAUGCAAGGCCCACCAGGAGACCUCUGUUUCACUGGAUUUGUUUUUAUUUAUAUAGCUGAUCAUAUUUGUGUUUCCUUAUUAGUUUCAUUCUGCAUCAAGCUUUUUAAUCAGACUGUGGCUUAGUUCUGAGUUUCUACUGCUGGUAGAAACUAAACACUCACUACAAUGAUUACUUUCUCCGCUUUGAGUGCAUAUAAUUUAAUACAUACAAUUACAUAACACAUCAAUUCCUCAUGUUUUCCAAUGGUUUUAAAGCAAAAUCUGUUCAGUCUGAGUCCACGAGAGAACGAAACCCCAGAAGAGAAACAGCAAAGCUCACCAGAUGCAACAGAGAGGUAUGGAGGAGUACUUUGACAAAACCAGAAACUUCAGAAAUUCUCAGCAGUCUUCCAGAAAUAUCCUCCUAAAGGUCUUUAAGGUUCGAGUGUCAAUUACAGCUUUGCAUUAUGCUUAGUAAUAGCGGUUAAAGUCAUGUUUUAUCAUCAUCAGGAAGAGAAACUUUAACAAUCUGCGUGUUCGUAGAUGCAAACCUACCAAACUUCAAACUUCAAACUUACCAAGAUUAAAACUUUUGACUUUGAUUUAUUCAAUGAUUUAGUUUUCUUUUUCUUUGGUCAUUUUGUCAAACAUUUCAGAGGAUAUGGUGAAGCUAAGACAUAAUAAGGACAUUCUGAACUCUGAAUGAAAAUGAUGCAUCUCUGCUCAGCAUGUUAACUUUAUAUAUGGUCAUUUUCUAAAGGUUUUCAAUGGCACUCGUGUUUCCAGAAGUUUGGAAGUGCAUUAAUGGAAAAGUGGUCCAUUAUAAUAGAUUAAAUAUAUCUCUAAAAAGUUGCUCUGCACUGAAAACUUUGCUUUUUUGAAUGUCAAAGAAUGCUAUGCUGUAUAUACUGUACAUACAAGAUUAAAGUUUCUUGUUUAUCACAAUGGAGUGUUUUUUUUUCUGCUGUUUAAAAUGUAUUCAGCAGUUUCUGAUGACAACAACUUUAUUAAAAAUAAUCCUAGAAAUUGGAGGUGUUUCUAAAUAUCUGUUAAGGUUCUCAUCUCUGCUCACGAAGGAUCCCCAAAAAGUGCUGACUAUAGAAAUAAAGUAUUUUGAGGCCUGCAGGUGUCCUCCUCACUGCAGGUCAGCUAACUUUAUAUAUUUGACUCUGGCACCACCCUUUGGUUUGUAAUUGUCACAACAUCUCGCCUCUAACUAACUUGCACUGCAGUCUGCAGAUGACACCGGCCUCUGAAAAGAACGUAAAUGACAUUUAAAAGGGUUCAAAGUUUUACUAUUUUUAUCAUUUUAUUCAGUUUCAAAGCUUAUCAAGACUAAAGAAUUUGUCUGAAGUCGUCCACUGAUCAGGAAACUUUUUGUCAGCCACUGAAGUUAAGCUGGAUUUUGACCUUAAGCGGCAACACUCAAUCAAAUGUCAUGACUUAGCUCUACCCAAAUUACAGCUACUCUUUUUAUAUGAAUAACUGAUCAAAUGGCUUUAAUGAUGUGAGAGAGAACGGCUCAUUUUGAUGAUAAACAGCUUUAAAUCCUAUUUCUACAGCUCUGAAGAGGUUUUAACAUCUUUGAUGGACUGGUGGGGGGUCCUUUAUGGCACUUUAAUAUUUUGGUUUAUAUACUCCAAUCGUGUAAGUAUAACAAAAGCUUCAAGGACUUGCUGUCCUCCUACAGCAAAGUCAAAGUUGACACCAGCUGAAACACCAAUAUCUUUCUGAGAAUGGUGAAGUAGCACGAAGGCAAUUGUGUCAAAACAUUAACAUAGAUAAGCUCAAGAGCUAAUUUUAUAUUUGCGCCUCUUCUUUACAAAUUUGAAAUAGAUAACUAUGGUUCAUUUUAGCUUGACCCCAAAUUUGUCAGAGCAUGUUGCGUGUGAAAGAGUGCACACAUGAUGUGUGAGUGUGUAAAAUAGUGGUUCAGAGGGUGUGAAACAGGAAGGAGACAAACCUUGGUGGAGUGUGUUCAUCUGUCAGCAGUUUAAAAGCUGUGAAAAACAAUACAGACCAUGGAAACUGAUCUUUUUCUCUUUUUAUAUUUUCACUAUACUUGUCUUUAAUACUGUUUGUCCCUUGCACUACUCUUUUCUUUUUUUACACUUGUUCUUUUAUCUUUUAUCAUAUUUAAUUGUUUUUUGUACCCGGUGUAAAUGUGUGUUAACAAUUUUAAUUUCCCCACUGAGGGAUGAACAAAGGAGAAUCUAAUCUGAUCUAAAAGACACACGACAAGGUCACCUCUGAGAAUAAAAGAAAAAUGCAUUAUGUGAGUUUUGACUGGACAUAUUUUGGUGUGUAACAGGAAGGGCGCUGUCAGGGGUUUUUGCACAUCAAGCACUUUUUGGUGAAGUGUUUGUUGAAGAGUUAGCAGACAUCAUAACCCUUAAAACCGAUUUCCCAGAAAAGCUCUGGGCUGUCUUAAGAGAAGUGUUCAUUGUCACUGAGAUGUCUGUUGACAUCUCAGUGUCAUUUCUACAGACACCAAUUUGGUUUCAGAGUCAGAGAUGACUUUAUUUGCGCUACCCUUCUAUUCUCAUUGCAUAUAAGCUGCUAUUCUCAUUCACAAAGAAGUCAUAUUCUUACCUGGGCUUACCCCGCAAUAGCUGUAUUAACUUUGAUUUCACACAAUUAAUGUGAAUUUAUAAAGAUCAUAAAAUUCAGAGUACCUGAAACCCAAAGCAAUUAUCUCUUACCUUGUGCAAACAACAUUAGCUUGUGUGCUCAAUCUAUUUAUUUGUGCACACAAGAUAAUAAGGUGUCAUUAAAGGGAUAUUCUGAGUUAGACACCACCUCGAGAGAUGAAUGUUGCCGACCGCUUGCUUCUCUAGUUAUACCAACUUUAGCAACGACCACAUGAUAGCAAUACACAGCGGCCUCAGGAGCCAUAAACAAACCUCAACCACAGCGC